ACAACACAGCUCACUUGAAAGAAACGCAGAUCACAUUAAGAAGGCCAGUUCCUCACACCACUUACUACUUCUCCUCCUUCGUCCUCCUUCGCGGUGGUCCUGCAGCGUCGUCGCCAUCGCCGGCGAGCUCCUUUAGUAGUUUCCAUGGCUAGCGGCGGAGAAAUGUCUUCGUGGGAGGGCUACCACGGCGGAGCCCUGCCAUGGAUUCCGACCCUGCGUCGCGUGGGUGGGAGCGGAGUGGAGGAGGAGCUGGACACCCGCCGCCAUGGGCUCUCGCAUAAGUUGUAUUCCUCGUGCAUGCUGGUGCUGUGGAUGCUGGCGUGCUGUGCCAAUUUCGUUCUGGUUCUCUUGGGGUCUCUCGUGCCCGUGCCUGACCUGACCAGCGCCUUGCAGAAACUGACCAGCGCGGUCGGGAAGGAGUGGGAUCCUUCUGUUGUUGCGAGGAGGACUGUUGGAUGGGGGGAGAGCGGACGUGGAGGAGAUAGGCGUUGUCGUGUCCCUGCGGUGUCGCAGAAUCCUAUUGGGCGUGCACUCUCACACGUGUUGACCCUAGUGAACGAUGUACCGUCAUCCUCCAGUAAGUACGCCUUCCUUCAAGAUUUGACUGACAGAGUGGUGGAGGAAAAUAAGGUUGAAGGUGUUAAGUAUGACGCAAUUAACCAGGCUGCACUACAAAAAGGGUUCGCCCGGACAAUUAACCUCCUUGGGCAGUCUUUGGAGAGUCGCCGACAGCAUUACUCGUUUUUUGGUCGACUGGUCAGCCAUCUUCCUUCUGGGGGUAUAUUUCCAAUUUCGACCUUUCCGAGACCAUUAGCUAAUAUUCAAACACUCAUCGCACAUAUUCUGCCUCCGUUCAAUUCGUGGACUCCAGGGCAUAUUCGUAAUGAAGCAGUGCUUCUUGCGAAUUUAUCAGAUCCCGACACUGCCGUGAAGUUUGCCAGAGAGCUUCUGUGGAUUGCGGAGAAAUUGCAAGGUUGCAGUGGGACAGAGGUAGCUGCUCAACAGUGGAGUUCAGAAUCAUCUCUUGCGGAGCUUGCUUUGUGUGCUUCUCCCAGGGUUCAAAUGUAUCUUGUCCGGCUCUCGGCCCUACUCUGUAAAGACUUGCUUGGGAACACAAAGUUUCCACGAGAAACAUGUCUCCAGUUGGUACUUACAUGGUUACCUCUUCUGUGCAACGCAAACCAUGGUGGUGAUGGUCCCAUAUUCAGCUCUCAGGAGAAAGAAAAUGCUGAGAGAGAAUUGGAACGACUUGUUUCAGCUUUGCCGGAGAUGGAUCAGGAACAGGUUCUGUCCACCUGGUUGCAAGCAUAUGCUAUGUCUCAGUCUGAUUGGCCUAACCUUAUCAAUUGUUUCCACACCUGGUGCCUUGCAUCGCGGAAGUUGGAAGUUGAAAUAUCGAAUGCACUGGAGGAAGGAUCUAAAGAAAAAUAGGCGUUGCUUCAACUAUAUCACCUAAAUAGAUUGUUGAAUUGUAAUCUAUGGCAAUAAUUGAUUUUCAAUGAUUACAUCAAACAUUGAUAUGAAUUCACAAAGUCAGAUACCCUCAAACUGUUGACAAGUCUCUCCGUUUCACUCUAGCUUCGAUGUAGGCGCUGUAGCUAUAUCAUUCAUAGGUAUCUGACAUUAGAAUCGCGGGGAGAUUCGUUACCAAGUAGUCUCUGCCUUGUGGAGCAGUUGCUCAAUCUCAGCGCCAGUGACCUGGUGUUCCGUCAUGCUUCCACUAAUGUAAGCCAAGAGUUCGGUGUUAACAUGGAUACCGCAAUUUAGAUUUAGUAGCGGAAGUAUACAGGACUGAAUCUAGAUUUACUUGAGGGAGUGCUGAAACCUUGAAAUCAUCGCUCAUUUUUUAACUGCAGAAUCCUGCCAUGAGCAUGCAAUUCCUUAUUCAACAUUCUCUUGUACAGUCCAAUUCCUGAUAUAAAAGUUGCCAAGUUUGUGACA